AAAUGAAAGGCAGAUAUACGCUGAAGAAGAAAUUGGCUGGGCAAACAUGUCUCAAGUCUGAACCUGGACGACCUAACUGGGCGGGCGCUGUUGUAUCUUUUUCCUUCUCUUCACUCUUCCUCACACCAAUCCCCACGGCUAUUUAGAAAGAAGAAAUUAAUAAAAGAUCUCCACGGCUACUUUCUAUUUCGCCCUUGUCUUCUUCACAACCAGAAAUAAAAGGUUGCAUAUCUCUUCCCAAUACUUGGACCUUAUCUUAACACCGACGAAAAGGCAAUAUAAUCGAAGCAGCUACUCGUGAAUCUCAAUUUUCCUUCUACACACAGCUUCCAGCUUCCUUUGGAAAUCCUUUCCUUCUCGGGGAAGCGAAUUUAUUCUUUACGAGGUUGAUUCGAUUUUGCAGAUUGUCUCGUACGGUAUUAGCUAGGUGGAUUUUGGCAGAAUAAAAUGGGCAGUACAUUCAAUACACAGAUUUUGGUGGAGAAGCUAGCUAAGCUCAAUCCGUCACAGCAAAGCAUUGAGACUCUGUCACAUUGGUGCAUUUUCCAUAUGGACAAGGCAAAACAGGUUGUAGAAACAUGGGAUAGACAGUUCCAUUCUUCCCCACAUGAGCAGCGAUUGCCACUUCUCUAUCUUGCCAAUGAUAUUCUACAAAAUAGCAGGCGAAAGGGAUCAGAGUUUGUUGGCGAGUUUUGGAAAGUUCUCCCAGGUGCACUUCGUGAUGUAAUCAAGAAUGGUGAUGAAUUUGGAAAAAAUGCUGUUUUACGGCUGAUUAACAUUUGGGAAGAUAGGAAGGUCUUUAUCACUAGAGGACAAAGUCUUAAAGAAGAGUUUUUGGGAAGACAAUCAGACAAUAGUAAUACAAAUUUGAAAAACUCAUCUUUCAAACUGAGGCCGGCAGCUGGAGAUGCCCUGGACAAGAUUGUUUCAUGUUAUCAAUCUGUUUAUGGAGGAUCAUUAGAUGAAGAUGCUUUACUGAGCAAAUGCAGCAAUGUUAUUAGUUUUAUGGAGAAAGCAAAUAAAGAGAUUGGGUCUGAUACUGAUUCAGGAAAGCCGAUUGGAUCUGGCAUUAUUAAGGAGUUUGAAGGACAGCAAACUGUAUUAAGAAAUUGCAUUGAUCAGCUCACAAUAGUUGAAUCAUCAAGAGUAAAUCUCUUGUCUCAACUGAGGGAAGCUCUUCAAGAGCAGGAGAUUAAGCUGGAGCAAACACGCCAUCAAAUUCAGGUUGCUCAGUCCCAAUUAGAACAAGCAAAUAGUAUCAGCAGGCUGCUAUUGAAAGAAGAAGGGUCUAUCGCAAAACCACCUUCUGUUGAGAAAUCUUGCGGUGACACCAAAUCCACAGCUGCGGCUGUAGCUGCCAAGCUGACUGCAUCAACCUCAUCGGCUCAGAUGCUUACUUACGCCCUUUCUUUCCUCGCAUCCGAGGGCGUAAUUGGAAAUACAGGGAACGAAGCCUCCUCAAGCGAUUUUCCUCUAGAAAAGAAACUUAAACUUGAUCAAGACCAUUCCAUUGCUGCUAAACCGCCUCCACCGCCACCUUCAUCUCCUCCUCCGAUGCCACCAUUGCCGCCACCUAUGCAGCAGCCCUAUCAGGUUCCCCAGUUCAUGCAGACUGCCGGACCAAUCAACUUCCCAUAUUCGUAUGGCCCUCUCCAGCCCCUCCAACCGCCUGCCUAUCCUAGCUCAUCGGGAACUCAAGUGGUUAAUGCGAUCAGUUCAAGUUCCCCUCCAGCAAAUGUAUACCAAGGAUCAGAAGUUGGAUAUUAUGGACAGCAACAAUCGACGCCUCCUACAAUGGCGCCCAUCUCCAGGCAGUAGGGUGUGGCUUCAUUUUUUUUACUUCUUUUUUUUUUGGUAUUUUUGCCCAUAAUACAGUAUUAGUGGUAGCGACAGCCAGAGUAAAUGUUUGUACUAGUAGUAGUAGUAACAUGUAAUGAUUUAUGUUGAGGGGUGGGAUUUAUGGUGUUUUUUUAAUGUUGUUGGAUGGACACAAUUUGUUGAAUUUGUGGAUGAUGGUGUCUUUGUAGUUGACAUUAAUUAUAUGCAUAGUUUCUUAGCGUC